AUGCAAAUGGUUUUUUUUUCAGUCGUCGUCAAAUUGGAGCCCGAAUAUUAUCAUCAACUCAUGAAAAUGCUCUACCACCCUUCCUGUUACGCUAAUCAAACAUGUCGGCCGGUGUUUAUUGGGAACAUGGUGCCAGUGGAUUGGGCUGUUCCGAUGUACGGGUACAUGAUGCCAUUUAUCGUCACACUCACAAUAGCCACAAACAGUUUUAUUGUUGUUGUACUCUCCCAUAAAUACCUGCGAACACCAACUAAUUAUGUGCUAUUGGCGAUGGCAGUCACAGAGUUGCUAACCGGAUUAUCUUGUCUACCAUGGUUCACUUACUAUUAUACGUUAUCUGGAUAUAAAAAAGAUGUGCAGACGGGUUUGCCUGGUUUCUGGUGUGACAUGAUACCAUACAUGGCGGCAUUCCUGCCUUCUAUAUUUCAUACUAUGGCAAUAUGGCUGACGGUGUAUUUAGCCAUACAAAGAUACAUUUAUAUUUGUGUUCCAUCGCUAGUCAGAAAGUUUUGCACUAUUCAUAGAAGUAAACAAGUCAUAUUUUUUAUAAUAACUGUUGCCACUGUCAUGUACACUCCGGAUUUGAUGGCAUUUCAUAAUGAAAGUCAUGAAGUUUGGGAUAGCAAACGGAAUCAAACCCUCACACUGUGUUACCGACACAAAGCCCCGUUCAUGGCAAAGAUUGGGGAAGAUAUCUAUUACAAAGUGAUGUUUACGACGCAGACUAUCGCUGUUCAUCUGAUUCCCUCCGUGCUUCUAGUGAUCUUCACAUGGAAACUAGUUGGAGCCAUUAGAGUCGCAGACCGCCGUCACGCCAAUCUUCUCUCUAAGUAUUCCACCAACACUCGUUCCACGCGACGAAAGUUCUCCGAGUUGACGAAUUCGUCAGAAAACGAAAAUAAGUUAAUUCGGUUGUUCAAGCAGCGGGAUAGCGUUAGUGUGGGUAACGAACCCAGAAGAGCUCAUGGAUUAAAGCAGAACACAAGAAUGUUGGUUGUGGUUAUUUUAUUGUUUUUGAUAACUGAAAUACCUGCUGCCUUAAUUUUCACAAUUCAUGUGUUAUCAGUAUCGCUGAAAUUCAGUUUUGUUGAUUAUCAGUUUUUGAACAUUCUCCUCAUUGUCAGGAAUGUCCUAAUUGUGGUGUCUUAUCCUUUCCGCUUUGCAAUCUAUUGUGGUAUGUCCCAACAAUUUCGAGAUGUUGUUCGACAAAUGUUCACCGGAAAAAUGCUUACACAUGCUAUCCGUGAUAAGGAUAAUUCUACUACCUUACAACUUGUACAAGGAGUCAAUGAUCAUAGUGAUGACAAACGUCAGUCGGUUGUUUUGUGUUCCGCCAACGGAACUCUGGUGUCUAGCGUUCCCGAGGAACGUGUGAAAAAAGACAAGGCCGUCCAAUGUAAUCCAGAUGCAUUCGAUGAAGAUGUUCCAUUCGACCCAUUUCUCUCAGAUCUUGCUAUUAUUGUAGAAGGACACGGGUCACCUAUGCGUAUCAAAAAUACAGAAUCCACUUCCGAUUGCUCAACCCAAUGUAGUACCGAAAUGGACAAUCAGAUGUUCAUUAAGCGGAAAAGCUCAUUACUUCGUGCUGCUCUCAAGAAGAAUCAACAAUUGUCGGCAAUGGUGGCUCGUGUUUCUUCUUAG